GGGGUUUUGGGUGAUGGGAGAGGUAUGAAAGCUGAAAGUAGUCAGGAGUUGGAGGGAGAGUAUGAUAUUUCAAAUUUGGAAACCCAGGACUCAGACCAAUUAUUUGAUGAAAGACCAUCAUAUGAUAGUAAACCUUCCCCAAGACCACAUCUGGAAUCAGAGAGUUGAGACAAAAUCAGAGAUAUGUUCUGAAAUUAUACUUUCCUUCCAAUUCCAGAGGAGAUAAGUACUGACAAAGGAACAAAAAAGGAAGAAUCUUCUAAAGACACCAAAAAUAAAACUGAUGCUUCCAAUAUAAGAGGUAAAUCCUACACAACAGAAGACUACUAUAUCUCUAAAACCUUCACAAAAUCUAUCUUCUCCCGCUGUUUCACAAUUCCAGAGGAUUUGGUAAAAAUAGUGCCAACCCACACUUUAUCAACUUUCAAGCCUAGUCCAGAAAACACCAUCACCCCAGCAGGAAGUUAUACAGCCAUUGGUAAGGGCAACAGUAAUAACUUCAAUCAAACCUAUUUUGCUUUGAGAAGCCCUGAAGAAAUAUUCUUCAGUAGUCUUCCUGGCUUCAUUAUCCAGAAAAUUUACAGCUGCGGCCCUUUAUCUGAAAAACAACUUUUUGCACUGAUCGAGCCUGUAUAUUCUACCCUCAGGAGGCUGAAUGGUGCUGCGUAUAACAAAGACAUGAACAAAGCUGUCAGAGGGUCUCUAUAUGUCCAAGGAUUGUUUCUUAAAGAUAAGCAUGGAUAUUGGCAUGUAAGAGAACCAGCUUGAUCAACAUAUAUUCUGAACGAAAUCCAAAAUAUUAUUAAAUACAAGUCCAAAGUGAGAAACAAAAAGAAGUACCAUUUGCAUAAAGGGUUUGGAUCAGAGAGCUUCCUUGAUCAUGAACCCAUUUCUCAGGCUAUCAAACAAAGCUACAAUUUUAGCUUAUCCACAGAGAACUUAUUUGAAGAUGAGGAUGAGAGCGGGAAGAUUGUAGUAAAGAGCCCAAAACCCAGACCUUCCCAGAGUCCUAUUGAGAAACUUAUCUCCUCUCAUAAAGAUAUCUUUGAGUUCCUUGACGAGCAAUGAAAAUCCAAUUGCCUUGAACUUCAUGAAGAUGAAGCACAGAAGUUCCAAAAGCUAAAGGACUUCCUAGAAGGAAUAGACUGUAAUGAAAUAUCUAGCGAAUACAGCAAAGCUGUUGAUAACUGAAGUAUUCAGUUGAAGCAUCUCAUGAACCUGUAUGCCUUCUUCAGAUAUGCAUGUAAGUCUAAAUAUCUAUUUCGCCAAGAAGGAGAACAGAGUGGCAUAUUACACCAAAGCAGAGGUCAAGUUGAAAGGAAUCAACAAAGUUUUAGGAAAGAUCCAUCAAAAUGCGGAUAAAUUGAUAGUC